AUGCAAAAUCAGGAUGCAGCCAUCAAGAAGAUUGAGACACAGAUUAGCUACCUAUUCAAGCAAGUUCCUAACCACAGCCUUUGUAACAACACUAAUGCAAAUCCAAAGGAGAAAUGUAAGGCCAUCACACUCAGGAGUGGAAGGGAAUUGAAGGAGACAUUAAAGGAAACACAAGAGAGAAAAAUGGAUGAACACAAAGAAAGACAAAAGGAAGCACGAGCUCCUGCUCCCAACUCACAUCAAGAAGAAGAAGUAUUGAAGCCAUAUAUUCCAAAAGCUCCAUACUCUCAACGAUUGAAAAAGAAUGGAAACGACAGCCAAUUCUCACGAUUCUUGGAAGUUUUUAAGAGACUACAGAUUAAUAUACCCUUUGCUGAGGCAAUAGAGCAGACGCUACUCUAUGCUAAGUUCUUGAAGGAAUUGAUGACCAAGAAGAGAAGUUGGAAGAAUGAUGAGACUGUUGUACUGACUGAGGAAUGUAGUGCUAUCAUUCAACACAAGCUACCCUUAAAAUUGAAGGACCUGGGGAGCUUCCAAAUCCCUUGUAUCAUAAGGGAAAUCACAGUGGAAAAAACUUUAUGUGAUUUGGAAGCCAGCAUAAAUCUAAUGUCCUUAGCAAUGAUGAGAAGAAUGAGGAUCGAGGAGGCUAAACCAACAAGAAUGGCCCUUCAAUUGGCAGAUGAUCAUUCAAGUUUCCCCAUGGAGUACUGGAAGACUUGUUAG